CAAACUCACAGCUGGCAGUGCUGGCAAUAAAACAAGGCAUUGCCACACCAAAAUGAGGAUGAUUGCGGGCCAAUUAUUGGCUGGCCAUCCCCCAGACGACACUGUCUGAGUCUGCCACAAUGGAGGAACGCGCCCUCAUAGCGAACAUUGCGACAAUUAUAACCAAGGACAUGCUCAUCGAUGGAGCGCACAAACGCGCUAAUGCUGGCAUUGACCUUAUGGCCGCUCCAAGCUGCUAUCCACUGUUGGCGCCCAAUGACGAUGACGAGGCCGAAGCCUUUGCGCUAAUGCAGCAACAACAACGGGCUGCGCCAUCAACAACCAUGAAGAACAAGAAGCUGAAGAGACGAUCUAUGCCGGCCGCAAGGCAGCGGAAAUUACCGAAGCUGCAAUGGAAAUACGCAGAACUGAACUUGCUACACCGCUACGUAGAUGCCGAGUUCGAGUCAUAUUUGCAUAUUCGGAAGCUCACUUUUCUGAGAAUCCAACAAACGCUGGAGGAGACGCUGCAGAGGAAUGCGUUGCCGGGCGCACCCACACCACAAACGACACUGUCGCUAUCUAUGUGGAAACUGGCCACCGACGAGCACUUCGAGGAGAUUGCCCGGAAGUUUCAGCUGCCAUGGUCGCUGUGCCAGCAGGUGGUGCGCAGCUUUUGGCACAUCAUAUCCGACAACUACGAGAGCUUUAUUAAGUGGCCCAACUCGUUGGCGGCACAGCAGAGCACGCUGCAGGGCUUCCAGCAAUUUCCACAGCUGCGCUGCUUUCAGCAGCUCUUUGGCGUGAUUGCGCUCAAGCGGCUGGAUAUGUUCUUGGAAUGCGAGCACGCUGAAGUGGCUGUUGUGCUGCAGUUGAUAUGCAAUGCAGAGGAUAAAAUCAUAGACUGCUACGUGGAGCUGGCGCAGGACUACAGCUUCGAGGAGUCGCCCAUAGGGCAGACGCUGGCGCUAAAUGCGCGGACCAUGCCCGCGGGCUCCUAUCUCAUCGGCAGCAGCGCCUUUCCGCUGAAAUCCUAUCUGAUUCGGCCCAUUGAGGCAGAGUGCUUUCGCAAGGAUGCCGUGUUCAAUGGCCUUCUGGAACCGGCCUUCCGAUUGGCCGAACGCGUCCUUGAUGCACUGGCGCGUCGUUUCAACGCUCUCUACGCCCUGGAAGCGCGCGACCUGAACGAGGUCCGUCUGAUUGUGGAGAGUAUUUGUGCGAUGCACAAUCUCUGUUUGGAAUUCAGUGACGAUUACUUAGAGCAGCAGUCGAGUGAAGCACCGGAGGAUCAGAAAUUCAGCUGGGGAAGUAUUGUCAAGGAGUUCAAGGGUAGCGAAAAGGAUGCUAAGGGCGUGCGACGACGUGUAGAACUGCUGGAUGCAUUGGUAGCCUUAGAAGAGGGAGACUGAGU